ACGCCCUCCUCCUCCUCCUCCUCCUCCUCUUCCUCUUCUCUUGGCGGAUAACGGUGUUCAAGAAGUUAUUCAGGACCGACGCAGACAAUAGCCCCGAGACUGUAGUCCAUGUUGCGGCUUUGAUACGCGUCCAUCACUACUUAUUAAUGCUGUCUGCGUCCGUAUUGUGUCACACAAAGAGGAAAACGCUCGGCUGAAAUCAUAUCAUGGACGAUUUGGGAGUGCCUGAGCCACUUAACUACCCUCUCAGUCCUCGUAUUGUUGUGUUUGAUGCCCUCCUCGCUGACCUGGAGAACACCGGCUCUCCUCUCGCUCGGUGUCCGGUCCUGCUCACCUCGGACCCCCCACAAGAUUCAGAGGCUGAGCCCCCGGAGUCUGAAGAGAAUCGACCACCUCCCCCCGCCUACACACCACAGCAGACUGUUUCUGCUGCCAUGAAGUCUUCCCAAAACUCCAACCCAGACAAAUUAUACAGCACAGUGUGCAAACCGCGCUCUCCGCGCACAGCAGACCCUCCGCCGGCCUUCUCCUCCUCCUCGCUGCUGGGAGGAGGUCUGAGUGAACUGGACCAUCUGUUACAGGAGCUCAACGCCACGCAGUUCAACAUCACAGAUGAGAUCCUGGCCCAGUUCCCGUCUUCUAAGAAAGACGAAAGAGACAAGAUGAAGGAUAAAAUUAUGUCCACCUCUUCCAGCUCCGCGAAGCCUUCAGCUACAUCAGCCACACUGGAGCUGGACAAGCUCAUGGCCUCUCUGUCCGACUUCAGAGUGCAGAGCACACCAGCUGCACCCGUCACUCCAGUGGUGACAGCCCCGCCGCAGCCCACCCCCCCGCCGCAGGCCUCGUCCGGCGGCUCGUUGGACAGCAUGCUGGGCCUGCUUCAGUCAGACCUGACCCGACAGGGGGUUCAAACAUCCUCCAAAGGAAACUGUUCGGCUUGUCAGAAGCCAGUAGUCGGACAGGUGGUCACGGCUCUUGGGAAGGUGUGGCACCCGGAGCACUUUGUGUGCACUGAGUGUGAGACAGAGUUAGGCAGUCGCAACUUCUUUGAAAAGGACGGGCGGCCGUACUGCGAGUCGGACUACUUCACGCUCUUCUCCCCUCACUGUGCGCAAUGCAACAAGCCCAUUCUAAAUAAAAUGGUCACCGCUCUGGAUAAGAACUGGCACCCGGAGUGUUUCUGCUGUGUGAAGUGCAGCCGGGCGUUUGGAGAGGAAGGUUUCCAUGACCGUGAGGGCCAGCAGUAUUGCCAGCAGUGCUUCUUGACUCUGUUUGCGUCCCGCUGUCAAGGCUGCAGCCAGCCCAUCCUGGAAAACUACAUCUCAGCCCUCAACUCUCUCUGGCACCCGCAGUGCUUCGUUUGUAGGGAGUGCUACUGCCCCUUCGUCAACGGCAGCUUCUUCGAACACGAGGGUCAGCCGCUGUGCGAGGCCCACUACCACCAGUCCCGCGGCAGCAUGUGUCAGGCCUGCCAGCAGCCGAUCCUGGGCCGCUGCGUCACCGCCAUGGGAGCCAAAUUUCACCCCCACCACCUUGUGUGUCACUUCUGCCUGAAACCCCUGAGCAAAGGCUGCUUCAAGGAGCAGGAGAACAAGCCCUACUGCCACCCCUGCUUCAUCAAACUCUUUGGUUGAGGACGCUCUGCCUCCCCCUCCUCCUCUGAGACAAGAGUUCUCAAUUAGUUUGUUUUUUACCGCGGGAAUGAGGGUGGAGCUGGUCUCUUUAUUGGUUUUUAGAAUAUAACUUUGAUAGAGGGCAGGGAAUAAAAAUGAGAAGCAUCCAACCCAAUACAUUUCUGUUCAUUUCACAAUUUAAAAAAAGGACUGCAUUUUGACUGGCAGGGUGAAAUGUAAGUCUAGCAUUAGUUAGACAGAUUUAAAAUGAAGCCAAAUGAUUUAGUCAUGUAUGUAAAUUAUUACAUACCGUGUUGAUUCAAAUUGAAUAUUGAAAAAUUGAAAUCUUUUGCCAAAGGUAGAAAUGAAACAGUAUAUUAAGAGCAAAUGUAUUGUUUCAGUGAAGGACUUGUACUGUUGAGCGAAAAGAAAAUCCCCUUUAAUAUAUUUGCUUUAUAUUGCAAAAAGUAUAUAAAGUGCCACUGCUAUUGCAUUUAUAUAUUGUACGCUGACUGCUUUAUGCUGUAUGUUUUUUUGUAAACUCUUAUAUGUUCAAUGUCAGAUAUUUUUGCAUUAUUAUUUCACUUUUGCUCUAUGCAAUUUGCCAAAAACUAUUCCAAAGAAUGAAAUAAAGGAGAACACAACUUGUUAUAA